GAAAGAGCUUCGUCGGCGGCAAGUUCUCUUUUUAUUUCUCGUGUCUCCUUAACGUCGGUGCGUGCUCGGUUCGCCAGGUUUCUUGGGGCGAGAAAGUGUCUGUGAUUCCCGGAGAAGGGUUCCGUUGCUCAAGGCGAGACGACGAAAGUGAAAUUUCCUCAAAAGCAAGAAAAGUUGGCUGCGACACAAGUGAAAUGUCAAAAGUGCUCACGGGGAAAGGCGAUGACUACUACCAGCGCCAGCUUGGAUUGAGCGGAGUGCAGUCGUCCUUCGAUGCCGACUCCCUGCCCGACUACAGCGAGUUCGACUCGGAGUCCGUGACGCUGGACUACUUCAAGGAGAGUCACCAACGUGGUCCCUCUCCGGACAAGAUGGCUCCAACGACGACUAUCGAAACUGUCACCAUCACUCGGCCACUCAAGGUAAUUGCCUUCAUCUGCGGCGUGAUAGUGAUCGUGCUGAUGAUUCUGGCCCUGACCUCGACGGACUGGCUGAUGGCGGAGAACUGGCGCCAGGGACUGUUUGUGCACUGCAUCGAGGAGGACUACGCGCCGCCACUGCCGUUCAACCUGCAGGACCCACCGGGCUGCUACCCGAGCCGCGAUGUCACCUACAUCAAGGCCACCGCGGCCCUCUGCAUCAUCACGCUGGCCACCGACGCCCUGGCCACGAUUCUGACCGGGCUGGGCCUGAGAACGCAGGACCACAACCUCAAGUACAAGUUCUACCGCGUGGCCGUGCUCGUCAUGAUGGUGGCAUUGAUUUCCCUGCUGGUUGCCCUCAUCCUGUAUCCGGUGUGCUUUGCAGCGGAACUCAACCUAGAUCCGCUCUCGCUUACAGGUAACCGGCCGGUGUGGGAGUUCGGGUGGGCGUACGGCGUCGGCUGGGGCGCCGCCAUCUUUCUGUUCGGCGCGGUCGUGCUGCUCCUCUGCGACAAGGAGUCGGAGGAAAUCUACUACAAGGAAAGGAAAAUAGUACACGACGCCUCGAUGCGAGACUAGGCCCGGCCACACGCCCUGCCCGAUGUUGUACUUUAGGCUUUUUAAAUGAAAACGAGAAGAAAUAAUUGUCGUUCACAAUCCUCUCAGAAGAAGAAAAGUGUUAUAGAGAUGAUGUACCAAAUCAGCGAAAUCAAACAAAAAAAAUGCAAAAAACCCGCGAACAAAAAAUGGCUAGUAUCUAAACUACGUAGAGAAGACAAACCAAAAUUUCAAGGCAAAAAACAAGCAAAAAAGAGGCAAAACUACCCACAUAACCAUUUAAAUGUGUUCUAUCCCCUCCGUUGGAGCUUUCCCGAAACCUUUUUGGACGCAAAUCCCCACCCAUCUUGAUCGAUGUGCGAAAAAUUCUGUUUUUUUUUUCUACCCAGCCACCGUCGGAAUUUGUAAACAGCAAAAUUGAGGUCAAAUUUGAGCAAAAUUAGUUUCUUUUUCGCCCUUUUGUUGUGCGCAAAGUUUGAGCUGUCAAAUUGUUGAUUUUCAAAAUGGCCGCUCAAAUCUUUUUGGCACAAUCAAAGUUGCCGACGGCUUCGGUUGCGUACAUUUAGGCGUUGCACUUUUUUCAGUUGUUAGACACAGACAAAAACACAAAAACACACACUUUUGGAAGGAAGCAAAAAGUAAACAGCAACAACACUUGAAGUUAGUUAAAUUCUUUCGGAGCAAAAAAAAGCAAAAACAAAACCCCCUGGAUCACACCAAUACACAGAGCAGGAAACAAAACAAAGAGAAACCGACAACACCACCAUCACCAUCACGCAGAGAGAAGAGAACAAUGGAGGAAUUGAACAGCAUUCACAACAACAACAGAGAAAGAGAGAGAGAGAGAGAGCGAGAGAAGGUUCAACAUCCGAAUAGCAACAAGAAAAAGAAAGAGAGAGUGAGAGCGAGAGAGAGCCGAAGCAAAAUGAACGCGAUAUUUUGGAAAGUUUCGUAAAAAGCUUACACCAGAAGAGCAGGUAAACAUCGAGAAAAUAAACAAAGCGGUGCGGUGGUGACAGACGCUUGCAUGACAGCUCGCAAGGGCUGGCACCACUGGCACAAGCAGAGAGAACAAACAUCAAGUGCACACGUGACAUGGGCAAGGGUAUGGCGUCGUAAACAAUGCUAAAAAAAACUAGUAAAUAUACAAGGAGGAAGCAGGCAGGAGUUAAAACGUAUUUAUUGAAAAACAAACAAAACAAAAAACAAGUAAACGACUCUAUUUAUACAACCAAAUUUUUUCUGAAAGUGAGCAGCUACUGCGGGAGAAAAACAAUUCGGAAGCAGUGCGCAAAAGAAACAAUUGCAAAUUGCAGGAAGAAUUCAUUAGCGAACAAAACUAUAAAAAUACUUCUACUACAAUUACUAUUGUAAAAUAUUUACUCGACAAACCUUGUGUUAAUCGUCUUUGUUUUGUGUUAUUAUAGUUUAAGGUUUCUUUUAUGAUUCUCAACAGAACAGAAAAAAAUGUGGUCUUUCUCAUAUACAACAACAAAAAACAAGCGAAUAGUGUGUCGAAGUUUUACUUUAUUCAACACCAGCAUAUUGUAAAAAGGUUAAAUCACUUUAAAAAAAAAUAUACAGUUUAACAAAACAAUAGACGAAACGUAAUCCAAAUCGGCAGCACUGCAUACUCACGAUCAGCGAAAGCACACUCACACUACCGCAAACCAAUCUCCAUAUCGAGCGAACCGAAACGCUCUCACCAAUACACACACAUCCAAGCGACGCGUCGUGAACUCACACACUAAUUGCGAAACAGUGAAUUUCUACUCUAAAUAUACUCACAACCAUGAACGAAAAAGAAGCGAAUCUCCAUCUUGGUAGCCUCUGCAUUUGAAGAAAAAAUUAACCAAGUCAUAUCCAAGAGUCUUUUUGUAUAAAAACACAAACAAACAACCAAGUAUAAUAAUUACCGAAUUCUUCCGGCAGCGCAAACGUCAUCAAGUGCGCGCGCGCGUGUAGUAGUGAAACAGGAAGGGACAAAUAUCAAACCCGGAACGUCUUUUUGUAUAAUCCACAACUAGCCCAACCCCUUCCCCUUAAAACUACUACCACCACCACUACAGAAUUAGUAAUGUAACUUUACCAACACAUCAAUAAAAGCACAAAUCAAAACAAGUAAACAACAUUCUACCCAAUUCAACCAUUUUUCUAGAGGGCUUGUUAGGUUAUGUUUUUCUUUCCAAUGUAAUAAUUGCCAUUUAUUUUUAUUUUUUUAUGCUUGAUAUUAUUUAUAAA